CGUGUGCGUGCGCGUGUGCGUGUGCGUUUACGUGUAUAUAUUUACCAUGCUGUAUCCAUUUCUUUUAGAUGGAGAAAAACAGAACACUAUCUUAUCUGUCUUAUCUUAUCUUUCGUAUUGCAUUUACAGCUCAGAAUCCAAGAAAAAAACCCAGUUUCCAGGAGGCGUCCGGAAAAAUGAAUAAAGCGAAAACGAUCUUGAUUUAUUCAUAACACUGGUUACCUAGAAAGAUGGAUGGUACUUGUUGCUGGCAGAAAAUACUUUGUUACCCUUUGUCUUUUGUUUCUGUCUGUCUAUUUUGCCUAUUUUUAAAAGUACAGUAUGCUCGCUAUUGUGUUCAAAGUCUCUUUAAUUCAAUCAAAUUUCAUUUGAAUGUUCACAGCCAAGAUGUGGCCGCGGUAGACAAUCAGAUUUUUCUAGUCUUUGAAAUGGUCUUCAAUAAUUCCACUGAGUUAUUGGGCAGUCUCAUUACCAUCUGCUACACCAUGCCCAUACUGCUGGCAGCUGUGGUACCUGUGCUUGUUCUCUUCAGGCUCGUACAGGUAAGAAAGUUUGAUAGUAUCAUAGUUUGGAAGGAGAGCCUAUUUCGAUUCUCGAGUGUGGAUAAUAUUUAUCGAGUACAUACUUCGGUCUUUUUGCUGGGAUGUUGUAUCCCUCUUAGCCAGGGUUGGUCCUCACAGGUAGGGUCGGAAGCCGCCUCCUUUUUUAAAUAUAAAUUCAAUCGAUGGGGGUGUAAUAACACCUAUGUUAAAAUGGCGCGGAACUAUCACACUCUGUUACAUCGGUAAAGUAUAAUAAAAGGCAUCCGUUACAAAUUCCCCGAUUCCAAACGUAUUGACCAUGUCUCUUCCUUCGGAGCAUGUCAAAGAAUUCAUGACCUGAAGAGAGGGAAGUUGAACUCGGGCGAUCUACUCCCAUUAUGUCUUCCGACCUGGUGAAGCUAUAUCACGCACACUGCUUUAAAACUGCCUGCCAUGACGCACAAAGACCAUACUGUGGAAUUGGGUUUAUGCCCCUGUGGUGCUGUUUGAGCCCUGGGGCUAUGUACAUUCAUUUUCCAUAGGUCCUGGCCAAAUGACCCUAGUUCAAAUGUGUCCCAUUAGAUUCUCAUGAGGGUUCACAGCAAUGUAGUCUUGCAGAAUAUUGAGCUAGUGGUGAACGCCAAGAGUGGGAAGUUCAUUUUUGUUUGGUCUUUUUGUUGUAAAUCACACAGGACGUUCGUCUAAAUCUGUCUCUACCGUGUUUUACCACAAGAAGCCACUUACUACAUAACAAUAUAAUUUGAAGAUCACAAGAGAGAGACUGGUGAUGUCACAUUCUCCUACUAACUAAAGAUUUAGAUCUAGAGACUUACUAUUUCUUUCUUGUGUUGAAUUUUUGGAAGUUUCACUGUUCCAAUGUUUAAGAAAAAUUGCUAGAUAGUAAACUUUUUAACUCCUUUAUCUUUCAGAUGGUGUACAUCCCCACAUCAGUACAGUUGCGCCGCUUUGCGUCGGUGAACCAGUCUCCCGUAUAUUCUCACUUUAGCUGGACUUCCUGAGUCACAUCAUUGUGCUGACCACCUGUGUCCUGGCAGUGACCUUGAGAUCUGACCUCUCCCCGGGCCUGACAGGACUCACUAUUACUUACAUGCUUAGGGUGACGAAGAAUUUCUCCACGGUGACCCGACUCUCUGGAGAGUACGAAACAGCCGUGGUGUCUGUGGAGAGGAUUAUGGAAUAUUCUGGUCUAGAGAGUGAGGCUCCUUGGACGAUGCCCACAGAUAGUGAUGAAAAGAAUCGAUGGUCAGAAGACGGCAGUGUCCAGUUUGUGAAUUACAGUACCAGGUACAGAGAAGACCUGGACUGCGUGCUGAAGAACAUCACUUGCAAGAUUCACGGAGGAGAGAAGGUGGGUAUCGUGGGCCGUACCGGAGCCGGAAAAUCCUCCCUGUCUCUGGCUCUAUUCCGACUGCUGGAGGCGGCGGCCGGCACUAUUCUCAUAGACGGCCAGGACAUCUCUGGCAUAGGACUACACAGGCUACGAAGACACGUCACUCUACUGACACAGGAUUCUCGUCCUUCAUCAAGGAGAGAUCGCCGAGUUUGCCCCGCCCGCUGAGCUACUGAAAGACUCAAGGUCAAUGUUUUACUGUAUGGCUAAGGAAGCAGGCCUUGUGAAGUAACUUGAGAAAGAGAGAGAGAGAGAGAGAGAGAGAGAGAGAGAGAGAGAGAGAGAGAGAGGGAGAGAGAGA